UACGAGGUUAUAUGUGCGAUUUUUAUUUAAAUAUAUAUUUUCUCCGGUAUUCCUGUGAGUUUUGAUCUGGAGCUGAGUAAUGUUGGAGUGACGUCAUGACGUAGCCCUGCCCUACCCUACGUGACGCAUUAGCUCCGCCCACAGGCCUCGUUUCCUGGGCGAUACUGCAUUAGUAUGGAGCUCACAGUAAAGUGAGCAGGCUGGGUGGCAUUCAUGGUCUGUGUAGUGAGUUAUAAGAAUAUUAUUAUUAACUUUGUGUGUUUUUAUCGGGAUGAAACGAGUCAUUGGGAAUACUGAAGCGGAAUAUUGGAGCCCGGUCUGUGGAUAAAUCAUUCAUUAGUACACAGUCAUGGCUGGACUGAUCAAGAAGCAGAUCCUCAAGCAUCUUUCCAGGUUUGCUAAGAACCUGUCCCCAGAUAAGAUCAACCUGAGCACGUUGAAGGGGGAGGGUCAGCUGACCAAUCUGGAGCUGGAUGAGGAAGUGCUGCAGAACAUGCUGGAUCUACCCACGUGGCUGGCCAUCAACAAGGUCUUCUGCAACAAGGCAGCAAUCCGGAUACCAUGGACGAAGCUGAAAACACAUCCUAUAUCCCUGUCACUGGACAAAGUUGUGAUGGAAAUGAGCACCUGUGAUGAGCCACGCCCACCCAAUGGACCCUCUCCUAUAGCAACAGCUUCAGGUCAAAGCGAGUAUGGUUUUGCCGAGAAGGUAGUAGAGGGGAUUUCUCUGUCUGUCAAUUCCAUCGUUAUCCGGAUCAGUGCCAAGGCCUUUAACGCAUCGUUUGAGCUCUCUCAGCUGCAGGUCUACAGCGUGAACACCAGCUGGGUGACCAGUGACCUGCGCUACACACGCAUUCAGGACCCUGCUCGUGGAGAGAUCCUGACCUUUAAGGAGGUGAGCUGGCAGAUGAUCCGGAUUGAGGCUGAUGCCAUCCAGAGCUCCGAACACGAGGUGCUCAGUGCCCCUAUCCGUCUCAUCACCAAUCAGUCAAAGAUCAGAGUCACACUUAAGAGAAGGAUGAAGGACUGCCAUGUGGUGGCGUCUAAAUUGAUCCUGAUCCUGGACGACCUGCUGUGGGUGCUGACGGACUCGCAGCUCAAAGCCAUGGUACAGUACGCCAAGUCUCUGAGUGAGGCCAUCGAGAAAUCGGCACUGCAGAGGAAGAGCAUGGCACCGGACUCUUCUCAGGCAACACCGGCGCCCAUCUCCGCACAGCAGGUCCACACCCAGCAGGCCUCAGCCGCAGCAGACCCGAGUGCCUCUAUGGCUCACCUCUUCAAUGCCUUCAACGUGUGUGAAACCUCCCAUCACCUGCAGAUUACACACCUCGAUUUGCACAUCUGUGACGACAUCCACGCCAAGGACAGAGGGAUUGAUAAGAGGAUUCAAGUUGGGGCCAUGCAGCUGUCUUUCAGUUCCAUCACUGUAGACUACUAUCCGUUCCACAGAGCAGGUGAGACGUGCCAGCACUGGAUGCACUACAGUGAUGCCACGAAGACCCGUGAAGGCUGGGCUCGUGCUCUGCUAGAAGAAUAUCGGUCGAACAUGGAAAUGCUUAAAAACGCCAUCAGCGGACAAUCCCAGUGCUCCCCUCAACAUGGCAAAAUCUCCACCAGCGCUAGUAGUUCCUUCUCACAACCACCCAGCCCCAGGGCCCAGCUCAUGUCUAGCUCCAUCGUACUGCGCAUGGCUGACUUCUGUAUUUACCAGGUGUCGACAGCGGACCAGCGGCGUACCUCUCCUAAGACUAUGAUCUCCUGUAAUAAAAAGACCCUGUACCUCCCACAGGAAAUGCCUGCUAUCCACCUGGAAUUCACAGAGUAUUACUUCCCUGAUGGAAAGGACUACCCCAUUCCCUGCCCGAAUGUCUACGUACAGCUGAAUGCCCUGCAACUAAUCGUGGAUGCACAAAGCCUGGUGUGGCUCAACCUGUUUGCUCUGGAUUUGCGCCACAGCCUCGUCCAGUUCAUGGAGCUCUAUAAACUCAAUGACUCUCAAAAACCCGACGAGCACAUUGACAUCAGGGUGGACGGUCUCAUGCUAAAGUUGGUGAUUCCUAGUGACCAGAAUCAGUUGCAGCCGGACCAGCCCUGCUCCAUUUCGGUGCAGACGUCUGAAAUGGUGGCCACAAACACACGACACUCUCCUGGCUGUUUCCGCUCUGACCUUGAGGCUCUGCUGCAGGGUUUCCGGGAGCAGGCCUUCUUCACCUCCUCCGAGUCCUCCUCAUUUCCUGUGCUUCACCCAGUCUUCCAACGGCACGCACAUGAAAGGGACACACGCCUGCAUGAUGUUUACCGUGGCCUGGCGCCUCCUGCCCUUAGCACCGAUGCCCUCAGGGCACCUUCAGCCACCGAUCUGUGGGCCCUACGCUUCACUCAGUUCUGGGUGGACUACGAGGGUUCCCGUAACCACCGGCCUGCACCGUGUGUCGAUUCCUUCCCGCUAACCCUGUGGCUGUGCAAGCCUGCCCGCUAUGUUCAGCACCAGCAAAGACCAAAGGCAGCUGCAGGCACAGGGACACUGCCGAGCGAUGUGAGUGGUCGACUGCAGAGGAAAAAGCUCUUGAAGGAGUAUUACAGCACCGAGACGUUGGUCAACCAAUCAACCAAUGGCCUGCACAAGCCUUUCUCUCUGGAUGGAUCGAAUGCUGCUGAUUCUUCCUCUGUCUUCUCAUCGUCCGGAGACGCAGACGUGCAGGUGUUGGUCCACGUACAGAAGGUGCUGAGUGUGCAAGCUAGCCAUAGCCAGUAUGUGUUCCUGCUCAGACUGCAGCAAACUCUGAAUUCACUGCAACGCACGCUGCAGCAGGACCUGCAGCAGCAUGGAUUGGCACAGCAAGGUACCGGGCGGACAUUUGGUGCGUGCGUGGGCCUCCUGGUGAGCAGCGCAGAGGUUGCACUGCUGCUGAAGCCCGUGCCGACAGCUGACGCAGACACCAGCCCUGUGGGUUCAGAGCUCUCGCCAUCUGGCAGCAGAGCCACGCUGGAGGUCGGCAGUGAGGCGGGAGACAGCACAGCUGGCACAGCCAAACCCACCUGCCCUCUAGAGCAGAUGCUGUGUGUAGACACGGAGAUACAGAGCCAGAGUGCUGCACCUCUCCUGCCGCUUUCAGCACCCUCCCAAACCGAGAAGAAAGGUUCCGUUGAGGAGAAAGAUGCAUGGUCAGGCCCAGAGGAGAAAAGAAAUGGUGCAGAUGGAUUUCAGGAAGGCAAGGAUGUCAAACUGGAGCCCAGAGUUCUGCAGACUGAGGCUUCAAUGGCCAGGACUAUGGCAGUGGACCCUAUGGGCGAGCCAGUCUCUAGGGACUGGAGCGACAAGAGCCAGGGAGCCAGACUACCUCAGUCCAUGUCCAGUGGGCGCCUGAUGAGGGAUCGAUCGCAGUCGACUUUCUCGGUGACCUAUAAGAACAUGAAGAGUCCUUCACUGCAGUCUCUGGAUAACCUCUCCUUAGACAGCUCCUUACUGGAGGACUAUGAUUCAUGCAGCCUAUUGGAGAGAGACGAUGUGUCCAUCUCUGGGUAUAAAGUCGCUUUGAGUGAUCCGAGCGCUGUGGAGCGGGCCACUGAGGUGAUGGUGCAGGAUGGAGAAGAUGCCCAGUCACCUGAGGCAGUCAGUGCCACCUCACAGAGUACUGACGAGCAUGCCAAAGAUUUGGUAUCGGUGCUGGUCCUGAAGGUACGUUCGGUGUGUGCCUCUCUGAACAUGAGAGGCGAUAACACUACUCUAGCUCUGGAGGUGGGGCAGAUCCGUACCAAUCAGCUCGGCAAUGUCAGUCUACGCCAGUAUCUUAGCAACCACAGUCUUGGCUCAGCCUCAGACCAGGAGUCCUGCAGUAAGCAGCUGGAUCCAGAAGUCCGACUGCGGCUGGAGAGUGGGCCGGAAGCAGCUGCUCACUCUCCUCUGGCUGAACACAACGGCUUCCUGCAAUGCCAGCUGCAGGCUAUCAGUGCUGACUUGCUCAUGACUUCUCUGCGAAAUCUUGCCAGCUUCCUAGAUGAUGAUGAUUCCACCUCUCAAGUGCUCCCAAUGGAGAUCACGAUCCGAGAUACACACAUUAACCUGAAGGAUGAUGGUCCCCGGGACAGCCCUUCAGAGCCGGAACCCACUCCCAUGUCCCUACAUAUCCACAACCUUCUGGUGCUGCGCCGAGAUGAUGGCUCCUUCCACAUCGGAGUCGAACAUGCUGCACAGGUAGAACCUCAGAAGAUGGACCCUGUUCCUGACAACAGGUGUGGUUCUGUCCCUGAAGUGCAUGGGGUUGCGUCCAGGGAAUUGAAAGCCACGCAAACUGCACCUCUGUCACCCACAAGCCCCUUCGCCACCAGCAGAGAAAAGAUGCUGAUGGAGGAGAACGAGUGUUUGAAGCUGGAACUUUCCAGAACCAAGAUGGCACUUGCCGAGGCCCAGAUGGAGAAAGACUCCCUGCUGCACCGUAUGAAGAACAUCAAACUCAACAUCGGCGGCAGCACCAGCUAGGCUAGAGCUGCGCGAAAACAUCCAGUGAAGAGACUCUUAAAAGGCUGUCUGUCUCUUCUUUCUUCUUCUCAUCUUUCCCUUCAUCUUCUCUGUUUUUUAUGAUGGACUGCCCGUAUUUUUUCUCUUUAUCAGACUGUGGAGAUUCUGAGGAGCGUGUGUGAGAAAACACAACACAUCCGGUCCUCUAAGGACUUGUCUUAAAUAGCUGAGUUGACUCUGAAUGUCAUAUUUUGAAAAGAAUGUCUUAAAAGACAAUUUGCACAACACUGAGAGGUAUAUAUAUAUAAAACAAAGUCAUGUACAUAUUAAUAGCUAUUUAGCUAUUAGCAGAUUGUGUUUGUGUGUACAGUAUGGAUAAACACAGAAGAAUGUUUUGUAAAGAGUUUUGAAUGGCCUAGUUUUUGUGUAAUUAUGCGCGUGUGUGUAAAUGGGUGAAGUUUUUUUUUUUUUAAUAAUUAUUAUUGCUUUAUUACUUUUUUCUUAAUUGCUUCAUUCCACACACACUACAAUAACUUCCAUAACAGGAGAUUGCACAUAGCUAUUGGCUUUUUGCGUGUACGUAGUGUUCCGUGUUUAGUUUAGUUUAGAAGGUUGCACUUUCCUAACUGUAGUAGUUGUUAACCAGUGUGUUUCUGCGACCAUAGAUCUGUGUGUGCGUGCGCGCACUACCAUUCAUUGUGUUGUAGGUCAUAUAUUCAUAUGAUUUUAGUUUUUUAUGAACUGAAGUGCUGCACAGUGUUUGCAGUUGCGGUGCUGCCUGAGUCUGUACUUCUCUGUGGAGAUUUUCACAAUAAAACCAUUGUGUUCUCAUGGGCUAAUAUUUCUAGCAUUUCGGUAAACACGCACUAGCUUAUUUUUUAUUAUUAUUUUUUUAAAGCAGAACAGCAUUUCUCAGCAUUUGCCUAUUGUAAAUGUGUGACUCACUGAAACCAAAUUUAGUUUAAUCAAAUCUAGUGCUUCAAAGGUUUUGGUUUCGUGUAUUUAUGCUAAGAGAGCAUAUGUUUUGUAUGCGCAGUAAUUUGUGUAUUAAUGCUUCUUAGUUUAGACCAAAGCUGUUCUUGUUCUCUGUCAUGACUUCACCACAGCCUGUCUUCAAUCUGAACAAAAUCAGCCCUCCAACUGAGAACUCCAUGCAUAGAAAAUGUACUGAUGGAAAAACAUGUAAAUUAAUUUAUUAUGGAAACGCUGCUGGAACAUCUGAAAUAAAAUAAUAAAACUGAAUCUUUCUAGAAUGUG